AUGGGCAAGUGGGACUGGAGCUCAUCUUCCAAGGUUCCUCUGGCCCCACUGCCCAAGAAGAGCGACAUGGGGGCAGGAGGUUCCAGCCAGCAGCAGAAGGCUGGCCUGCGGGCCCUGGAGCCCUUGACACUGUUCAUUCCUGCAUUGGAACGUGUCCCACCCAUCCUGGAAAACCUGGGGGACUGGGACGCCGCCGCGGCGCUGCCGCCGCUGCCGCCCCGCGAGGACGCGGCGCGCGUGGCCCGCUUCGUGACGCACGUCUGCGACUGGGGCGCACUGGCCACCCUCUCCACGGACCAGGCGGUGCGCGGCUGGGCCUUCGCCGACGUCCUCUCGCUCAGCGACGGGCCCCCCGGCGCGGGCAGCGGCGUGCCCUACUUCUACCUGAGCCCGCUGCAGCAGUCCGUGGGCAACCUGCAGGAGAAUCCACAUGCUACCCUGACCAUGUCUUUGGCACAGACUAACUUCUGCAGGAAACAGGGAUUUGAUCCCCAAAGUCCCCUCUGUGCUCACAUAAUGCUGUCAGGAACUGUUACCAAGGUGAAUGAAUCAGAAAUGGACUUUGCCAGGCAGUCGCUGUUCGUCCGACACCCUGAGAUGAAAACGUGGCCCUCCAGCCACAAUUGGUUCUUUGCGAAGUUGAAUAUAACCAACAUCUGGGUCCUGGACUACUUCGGUGGACCCAAAAUAGUGACACCCGAAGAAUAUUAUAAUGUCACAUUUCAGAGAAGAGGCACAGGCCAGUGAUUCUCUUCCGGACCCACAAAACCACCUGGCUUUAUAGGAAUACAGACACAGCAGUGCCAGCAUCAUGACCAGGCAGUGAAUUAUCCAGUAAGCUGGUUAAA